UCGCCAGCUCUUACCUUUCCAGACAUCUUGCAGAAAGAAGCUCUCGAAUGUCGCGUACUGCUGGAAGACCAGAUCAUCCUUAUAGAUGAAUUUCUCUCUGUUGAAGAAUGUAAACGCUUUGUGAAGUUUAUCGACAAUGCUCCAUUGGAGUUGACACCUCCCAGGAAGAAGGGGGAAGCUGAGAGGGUCAAUUUUCGUUUCUCUGUGACCUCUGUUUUCUUUGCUCAGAAGUUACAUUCCCUUCUGUUGCCACAUCUCCCAUCUUUCCCUCCUCCGACUUCAUCCAGGCGCCGCCCUCCCCUUGGCGAAAAGCGCUCGCCUCACUCAUGCAACUCAAAUAUUCGCAUGUAUAAAUACACGCCAUCCCAGUACUUUGGUCCCCACUAUGACGAUUCUGUCCGUGACCCAGAGACGGAAGCAAAGUCUGAAUGGACAGUGCUUGUCUACCUAACUGGAAUCGAGGAUGGAGUUGAAGGCGGUGAGACACUAUUCUACAAGGAUGAGCGAGGGAAAGCACGCGAAACCAUUGUAGCACCUCUAACGCGUGGAACUGUUCUCCUCCAUCGCCAUGGGAAUGAAUGCCUACUUCACGAGGGUUCGCUAGUCCGCAAUGGCACUAAGUACAUCCUCCGCUCAGAUCUCAUGUUC